AUGGAAGAAGAAUCGCAAAUCAUCCAAGAGAUAUCCUCUCUGAGUCAAGAAGAUACUGUGCGGUUCCUCAAGAAUACCUACUCGUUGGUCGCGGAAUGCUACAAUGAGGAGAAAGACAAAGAGUGCAUCGAGGGUUCUCAGUAUCUGCUCACCAACUAUCCCAUCUCAACCUUUCUUCGCAUCAAGCUCUACGCACUCAUCAGCAUGGCAAAUGACGACUGGUACGUGGCCGAAGGAUACCGCAAGCGCGCCGAGCUUCUUUUUACCACCGAGGUCAACAGAAUACCAGUUGGUACUGAUCUGGACAACGACUUUACCACCAUGCGCAGAGAACUGGACGAAUUGGCGCAAUGUCAAAUAGAGAACGAGCCUGUUGAGGAUGAAGAAGAAGAGUCGCCCCAAAUACAGCCUCACCAUCUGGCGAUGCCCAGUUUNGAGGCUAUCGCCGCCACUGGCAGCACACAGGAAGAAUUGCAGCAUGCGCAGUACAUCAUCGAGGAUUUUGAAGACGCGGAUGAAUUGUACUACGAGCACAAGUUGGCUGCUUAUGGAGACGCGCUUCAGCAGAUACUUGACCGUGGUGGCGUCCCACCACUGGUUGCCUUGAGGUUGCGAAUUCUCACCUCAUCUCUGGUGACUGAUCAAACUUGGGCUGAGUUCAACUUUGUGGUGGCUGAGGAAAUUUGGAUAGAACAGAGAAGCAAGUGGGAUGCACAGAUACCCGCUGAGCUCGAUUCCUUUAUGCAGGCUACCCGCGACGCUCUGGACGAGCAGGAGCGAGCCAACAAUGAGUCUUCUGAUGGUGAUGGCGCAGAAGAUUCAGAGGUCGAGCCUACCAAGCAGGAACUGACGGAGCCCGCCGGUCAAACAACCCCUCCAAAGGCCGCUGCAGCAACUGGUAGCCUGUCGUUAGACAAAGAACUGCAAUCCAUCCCUGCAGAUACCACAGAAGAGCCUGCAGUCAAGUCUUCUAAGCGAGAGAUCUCUCCAGUCAAACAGUCUCCUUCAGAGAGCAUUCCUUCGCCCAACAAGUUUUCGAAGGCCACGGAGUCACUCGUAUCGGCUGUCAGUCCGUCCAAGAGCAAAGACACACCCCAACAUGCCCCUCCCGACCCCAAGCAGGACUUGUUGUCGAGGACACAUCGAGCAUUGUCUCCGACCAAGGCCACUGCUGCUAAAUCUGUCUUGAACCCUGCUGCCAACACUUCGGCUCACCGUCUUGCUACACCGCGCGCUAGUCGUCUACAUCUCGGACUCGUUGAUACAUCUAAUGCGAGUCUCGUAUCAACCAACCCUCCUUCUGUCAGGAAACACACGCCGGAGGCACUGUGCGCGGUUCUGCCCGUCCCCAACAGCCCCUCUGUUCCUAGAGCUGGUGAUUCUCAGCCUGCUGGCAACACAACCAAGAAGAAGGAGAAAAGGCAGAGGAAGAAGGAAGAACCACCCAAAUUGAGAUACGACUAA